AUGAGGGAUGGUGAUUGGUCGUAUUUGUUGCACGCAGGUCGACUGACUCAACAAUAUAUAAUUGAUAUGUACAUUAAAGUUGAGACACAGAGGUUGGAUUACUAUAGAUCAGAGCAAGUUCAAAGAGAAACACGAACUGAAUCAUUUCAGGGUAUUAUUGAUAGUCUCCACAUUCAUGGUGAAAUUGCCGCAUCAGGUGUAGGACAGAAAAUUCUGCUCCCGUCUUCUUUUAUUGGUGGUCCAAGAAAUAUGCGGAGGCGAUACGUUAAUGCCAUGGCUGUUGUUCAAAAAUUUGGCAAACCUUAUCUGUUCAUAACUAUGACAUGCAACCCGGCGUGGAAAGAAAUAACUUCUAUGUUGUUGCCUGGACAAAAACCAGCUGACAGACCAGAUCUUGUUGCUCGUGUUUUCCAGUCAAAGCUCCAGGAACUAAAGCAUGAUAUUAUUAAAAACAAAAUUUUCGGUGAGGUUGCAGCAUACGUAUAUGCAGUUGAGUCUCAGAAACGAGGGCUUCCCCACUGUCACUGGGUUAUUAUUUUGGCUGAUCAUCAUAAAAUAAAGUCUCCGGCGGUCUAUGACCAACUCAUUUCGGCUGAGAUCCCUAUUGGUUCAAAUCUUUUUUUGCGUGAAUGUGUGAUUAAACAUAUGAUGCAUGGACCUUGUGGUGAUGCAAAUCCUAAGAAUGUGUGCAUGCGCGAUGGUCACUGCAAAAAUCAUUUCCCUAAAGAAUUUUCGGACCAAACAACGGCUGGUAAGAAUGGAUAUGCUGCGUACAGAAGAAGGGAUGAUGGACAAAGAGUUCUUGUCCGAAAUGUGCUUCUUGAUAAUAGAUUCGUCGUGCCCUACUGUCCCUUUCUACUAUCGAAAUUUGAUUGUCAUAUUAAUGUUGACAUAUGCGCUGAUGCAAAAUUGGUUAAGUACUUGUAUAAAUAUAUUCACAAGGGGCAUGAUAAAAUUGCAUACAAUGUUGUUCUGAAUGCAUCGCUGGAUAUUUGUGAUGAAAUACAGGACUACCAAGAUGGACGUUGGAUAUGCGCUCCUGAGGCAUGCUGGAGAAUAUAUGGUUUCUUGAUGAGCGAGAUGUCGCCCCCAGUCAUAGUAAUGCCUGUACAUUUACCAAAUCACCAGCCAUUACGUUUUGGUGUGCAAUUUGGUGUGCAACAGUCGUUGGCGCAUGUUCUUGAUGAUCCCUUAUCGAGUAGGACGAUGCUGACAGAAUUCUUUGUUUCCAAUAGUUGUGAUGAGUCGGCAAUACGUCUUAAGCUUUUGUAUAAAGAAUUUCCGGAGUACUUUGUGUGGGAGCCAGCCAAGAAAAAAUGGAAAGUUCGACAGAAACAAGCUGUGGUUGGUCGUCUAUGCACAGUUAAUCCAUUUGAAGGUGAGCGUUAUUUUGAGCGUCUGUUGUUAAUGAAUGUCCGCUGCCCUACUUCUUUUAAGGAUUUGCUUACUGUGAAUGGCCACACAUUUGCGACCUUUCAUGAGGCAGCUGUUUCAAGAGGGCUUCUACAAUCUGAUGACUACAUUGAUAGUUGCUUGGCAGAGGCGGCUCUCUUUCAGGCCCCUUCGUGUCUGCGUGUGUUGUUUGCAUUGCUCCUCGUUUACGGCAUAACUACAAACUUGCAAGUGUUGUGGGAUAAAUAUUAUUGUCCGUUGUCUAAAGACUUUGCUACCAAUGGAAUAUUAACGGGCGACCAGGUGCUUGAAAAAACUGUUGCUGCAAUUGAUGUUGUACUUAACUCUAUGGAUAAAUCUUUGGCUGACUUUCCAAUCCGUUUUAGUUGUAAGUAUGCAUGUGCUGAUGACUAA